UUAAGAUGUCUGACUUCACACCAUUCUGCCAAUCCCAACGAGCAUUCUUUUAAAACUCGCCAAGCGCAAUCAUAUUAAAUAUAUAGACUAUAAAAUAGACAUGACCGAAACUAAGCCAUAAAAAAACAGAACAGAUUUGUGUAAACUAGAUCAGGGUGUUUUCGCUGGUCCCCGGUCGGAAGUGAAUUAAUCUCGAUUACUGUGUGUGUUUAUCUGUUUUGCGCCAUUAUUGAUCUCUUCUCAACUCUAAAUCACCCAAUUUCCUGUACUAAAGAGAUGGAUGUGGUGAGUUUCCGUUUGCCCGGGCAUGGAGACACCACCCUGAAUAACAUGAACUCUCUGCGGUCACAGCAGCACUUCUGUGAUGUCACCAUUGUGGCGGGGGGCAGACCCAUGUUCAGGGGUCAUAAGGUCGUACUGGCUGCUUGCUCUGCCUUUCUUAGAGACCAGUUUCUCCUGAACCCUUCAUCAGAGCUGCAGGUGUCGACACUGCACAGCUCAACAGUUGUGUGUGAGCUCCUCCAGUCCUGUUACACAGGGAUACUGCAGUUCAGUGCCAAAGAGAUUGUGAAUUACCUGACUGCUGCCAGCUACCUGCAGAUGGAGCAUGUGGUUGAGAAAUGCAGAGGAGCCCUGAGCCAGUACAUGCAACCCCGGAGUCGCAGCCCAAUGACUGUGAAAACAGAAGACCCUCAGUCCAUGCCAGUGAUUGUCAGUGGAAGUUCCCAUUCAUUGGGAUCUAUGUCGCCCCCUUCUGAUACUGCAUCACUGCACCCACACAGCUCUGGAAAGGAGCUCCAAGCCACGGAUGUUGAACACUCCAACAUUCAGCGCAGAGAUGCCAGUGAUUUGUCUAUGCAUCAUGGAAGAGCAUCAGAGCAGUCUGGCCACUACGAGAGAGAGGACGGCACUGAGAGUGACAUCUUUCAAGUACACAUUAGCGAUGAACAUCAAGACCUUGAGAACACCUCUGGUGCUGAAGAGGACAGAGCUGUUGUUGUAUUAGAUGACAACUGUCAGAACCUGGACACGGGGAUGGAGGAACACAAUAUGGAGGGUCGCAUGAAAGGCAACAGCCUGAGAGGAGCAGCUCGCAUGUGGAGGCGAAGACACGGCGAGCACAGGGGAGGCCGAGGAAGAGGCUUCAAAAACAGGAAGCGGUACACUUUAAAAGAUCGCAAGCUUCUGGGUAACUAUCAGGAGGCUUGGCGCUUUCCGACCCCAGAUGAGAUCAUGGGGAAUUUUGGAGCUGACUUUGGUGCCGAUUACCUGUCCAAUCAGCAUCUUGCAGAUGGUUCCCUCCACGUCGAGUACAGGGUGCGUGAGGGUCGAGGAGAAGAGGGUGGCUCUGAUGGGGGUCCUGCACACUUUGGUGUAGCAGGUUCUUUAGGGGAGGAGGGAAUGGGAGUUGGGACACCUUCGAAUGAGCGCGGCACAGCUGAUGAGUCAGUGGCGGUGGUGGGAUCCACUUCCUGUGUAACGGGAGCGGUUGUAUGCGAGCACUGUGGACUUGCGUUUUCUUCAACACAAGACUUAGCCGUGCAUUCCCUGGCGACACACCGGCUAUAUGUGUGUCCGUGCUGCGGCAAGAACUUCAGCCACUCCAGUAACCUCAACCGACACAUGGUCGUUCACCGCGGAGCCGCCAAGCUCCACUCCUGCCCCCUGUGCCACAAGACCUUCACUCAGAAGUCAACACUGUGCGACCACAUGAACCUCCACAGCGGUGAGCGCCCACACGUGUGCGCGUACUGCCAUGUGAGCUUCGCCCACAAGCCUGCUCUGCGUCGCCACCUGAAGGAGCAACACGGAAGGACCACCGCUCAAAACUACCUGGAGAUGCAGCGGAAUAAUGAGGGAAUGGCUGGAGGUGUUGGAGGAGGAGUUUAAAUAGGCCAUUUAAAAAUAAAGCCAUUUCCCGUUGACUUUAACGUGGGUAACAAUAAUGGCUACAUUUUGGCUUUAAAGUUGAAAUUUUAUUUCAGUUCUACAGAAUUGUUGCUCAGAAGAAAUUGUCAUUGUGCAGAUCCUAAUACUGUUUAAGCAUUUGAUUAUUUUUGCCUAUAGAGACUCAAUUAUGUUGCUUAUACAGUGGCAAGAAAAAAAUAUGUGUGCCAGCACUUUGAUGGUCCGAAAGUCAUAUUUAGGCAGUAUAAAUGUAAUCCAGUCAAUCAAUGAACAUCUUCUGAAGCAAAUUGAUAGGUUUAUGUAAAAAACAAGCCAAUAAUUUACAUAUUUUUAACUUUAAAUCGGCGCUUCCAUCCAGGGCUCUGAUGCUGUUUGAAAUGGCCGAACUUUCACGUGACGUUCGUUUUUCUGUUGUAAAUAAGCGGUGCUUCCGAACUCUCACGUGAGCUCGUGCAUUUUAAAAGUUAAUUACAUUUUAAUUAUUGAUUUAUUUGUUCCAAUAAUGUAUAGAUUUGUUUCAUAAGUCAUUCAUUGAUCGACUGUACUAAUGUGGAUUACUUUUAAGCUGCCUAAUUAUGACUUUUGGACCGUCAAACUGCUGACACCUGUGUACUUCCAUUAUAAAGACCUGACAGAUCUGUCUUCUUCUAAAAAUCUUCUGGGAUGGCAUCAGGGUAAGUUAAUAAUGAGAGAAUUUUUUUGAAUUUUCAUUUUGAACCAUUCGUUCAAGAUCUGGGCUCUUUCUGGAUCACUCCAAAAGGUGGAUUUUCUUCUCUUUUUUUUAAGCCAUUCUGUAGUGGACUUACUUCAAUGUUUUGGGUCAAUGUCCUGCUGCAUCACGCAACUUCUACUGAGCUUCUGCUGGCGCACAGCCACCCUGACAUUAUCCAGUAAAAAUAUUUUUCUAAGCUCUUCAAGAUCAAUUUUUAACCUUUUCCAGCUUUAUGCAAAACAACAAUAUUUGAUCGUAGGUUUUCUGAGAUCUCUUUUUUUGUGAGGCAUGGUCCACGUCCCACACCUCCAAUCUUGUUUCAUUAAUUGGAUGCCAGGUUUGCAAACUCCUGACUCUAAUUAGUAUUUUUUUAAUGUUAUUAGCCUAUGUGGUACACAAACUUUUUCCAACCUACACUGUGAAUGUUUGAAUGAUGUAUUCAAUAUGUACAAAAAUACAAUAAUUUGUGUGUUAUUAGUUAAAACAGAUUGUUUUUGUUCAUUAUUGAACCAGAUUUUAAGACAAAUUGAAACAAAUGCAGGUAAUUCCAAAGGGUUCACAUAUUUUUUAUUGCCACUGUAUACUCGCACAAAUGCUACAGUUCUGUGUAUCUUUCCAGGUUAAAAAAAAGUUACUGCUAGUGCAGAGCUAAUAAUGGACAUCAGAAGGGAAGGUCGUGGUCUAUGUUUGUGGCUUGUAGACGUUUAGACGGAUGUUAAUAUGUACUGUGGCCAAUGAGGAAAGUAAGAAAAAGUCUUUGUCAUUUUAGUUGUAGUGAAAAUUCAGUGUCUGUAUGUCAUUAAUUACAUGAAACUGCUGUUAAAAUGAGAGUUUGUCUCAUCUGUAAUUUUAUUGCUUUGGCUUCAAAUGACAUUGCCUCUUGAGUCAAACCAAUGUCCCUUUAAAGGUGAAAUCUUUACUUUCUUCAAACAGGUUUCCCAAAUUAUUUUAUCUAGGGCUGUUAAUCAAUUCAAAUUUGAAUCUAAAUAAUUCUAUGAUAUGCCAAUUAUUUAAAUUAAUUGCAAAUAUAAAUAUUUGCAGAGAAAGGCCCUCAAAUAAAAAUAAAUAUAUGAUAAUUUACAAUAAUUAAAAUGCAUUAUAUAAUUGUGUCAGAGGAGUAAAGCAUUGAUAAUGAUACAAAAGUGGCUUUAGGAGGCAAUAUAUUGUUUGUCCAUAUAAUUAAACAUAAGCCUAUCACUGGCCUGAUCAUCUCACUUUGGUUGCAUUGUAAUAAACAGCGUUUUUAAGUAACUUAGAAAAACAUUUGUCUAGAUCCCUGCAUUCAGAAUUGCCUACAGCUGGGAUUUAGGUGUUACGAUUUUCCCCCAUUAGUUUUUAUGUGGCCUGUCUUCCUCUCCUUAUACUGUCUCUGCUUAAGCAUACUAAAAGUAGAACUUCAAACUACAUCCAAAUCACUUUGUCAAGUGAAGAAUGUUUCUUUUACCAUUUUAAACCAUAAUUAAGCUCUUUGGUCUAAGAUGUUAAAUUACCUUUCAUGGAUAAACUCGGCAUAAAAGAAAAACUGAUCGAUUACCCAACAAACCUACAGUAAUCACAGACUUAAAGGGAUAGUUCACCCAAAAAUAAAACAUUAUCUCAUCAUUUACUCACCCUCAUGCCAUCCCAGAUGUGUGUGACUUUCUUUAGCAGAACACAUACGAAGAAUUGUAGGAGAAUAUUUCAGCUCUGUAGGUUCAUACAAUGCAAGCGAAUGGUGACCAGAAAUUUGAAGCUCCAAAAAUCACAUAAAGGCAGCAUAAAACUAAUCCAUAAGACUCCAGUUGUUAAAUCCAUGUCUUCAGAAGUGAUAUGAUAGGUGUGGGUGAGAAACGGACCAAUAUUUAAGUCCUUUUCUACUAUAAAUCUCCACUUUCACAUUCUUCUUUUGUUUUUGGCGAUUCAAAUUCAUCCAUAUUGCCACCUACUGGGCAGGGAGGAGAUUUUAUAGUAAAAAAGGAUUUAACCACUGGAGUCAUAUGGAUUAAUUGUAUUCUUACUUUAUGUGCUUUUUGGACCUUCAAAGUUCUGGCAACCAUACACACAUCUGGGAUGGCAUGAUGGUGAGUAAAUGAUGAGAGAAUUUUCAUUUUUGGGUGAACUAUCCCUUUAAGACAGUAGUGGGAUCCCACUCAAUCUGAUAUAAUGUUAUUACUUGUUAUUGUGAUAACAAGCCAGUCCACUUACAUAAUAAUGCAUGCCACAGUAUUUGUGUAUAUAUAUAUAUAUAUGCUUGCAGCAAAACCAGAGCACAGCAAGGUCUGACCUACAGCUCAUUUGAUCAAUGCCAA